GAGUGCUCCCAGCAUUUUUGCCUACACCUCCGAGCACUCUACCAGAGAACACUGUGAAGUGCAUACAUUUGUGGUGUUUUGAAAAUCACCGUGGACAUACCGUCAUAAUUCAGUGGCCCGAUUUUACUUAAUUGGUCUCUGAGCGCGUGGCCGUUCGUUUGCCUACCUUACUUUUGCUAUAUACAUUUUUCCGCAAAAGUCAACCUCCACGGCUGUGUUUUUACUUUUCAUUGCAAUUAUUUUCAUUUUCAUUUCACAUCCAGUUGCAAUCGAUGUGAUGUGUACAUACAUAUAUCUCGUAGCAGUCGUAGCGUAUGUACCAUACCUGUGGUACAUAGAGAGAAUAUUCUUGCUGUAGCAACUUUUUCUGCCAGAUAGUAGGCAUGGCGCGAUUUGCACGGUAGCCCGAGUUCACCGCAAGAAGUCCAUUGAAUUGCAGGUGAAAAUUUUCACACUUGCUCAGUUGGGAAAGACCUCAUUGCUGUAAAUGGAGCACCGUCAGUCAUCUAAAGUCCUCCUGCAUCCUUCUGCAGACACAUUUCAUAGAGCAACAGGCUUUGUCUUUUUGUUUGGUCAGAUGUUUUCAAUUUUUCCUAUAUCCGGUAUCCUUUGUAAAACUUCACAUCAGCUGCAUUUUCGAUGGUUUUCCAUAAGAACCAUUUAUUAUUUGGUUUUAACAAUCUUUCAAAUUAUUUCAUUCAGUUUGUCUAUAAGGAGAGUUGUACGAACUGGAAAGAGCUUCUCAGCAUUUGCAUCAGUAUUCUUCUAUUUUGUCACUCUAACAGGAAGUUUUUUUAUAUUUCGUUUGGCAAGGCGGUGGAAAAGUGUCAUUGGAAGAAUUGAGAAGAUCGAAAAGAUCUUCCUAUAUCCACCUUACAGACAAGUGGGAUGGACAAUGAGAUGGAAAGUUCGUCUGAUUGCCUUCAUCCUGCUCUUUGGUGCUAUUAUUGAACAUUUAUUUUAUUUUGGAGCAAAGUUUCUCAAUGCUAAGAUACAACUUGAGAGAUGUAAUAUAAAUAUUCCUAUGUUUGAGCACUAUUUGAGAACAGAAAGACGGCACCUCUAUCCCACCAUUCCGUUUACUAAUAUUAUAGCUACUUUAUUCGAAUGGGCUAACAUAUCAAGUACAAUUUGUUGGUCCUAUCUCGAUGUUCUCGUAACAGUCUUCAGUGUCAACAUGGCCUAUCGAUUUAAACAACUUAGUGAUCGCAUGAAGAGAGUUAGAUUUAAGACUGUUCCUGAUACAUUUUGGAUCGAAAUUCGCUCCCAUUUUACUGACCUUACUAAUCUUCUUAAUUACCUAGACAAUGAACUGUCUAACAUAAUUAUACUGUCCUGUGGAAGCAAUCUCUACUUCAUCUGCCAGCAGCUCUUCAAUAGUUUUUCCGUGACUCCUGAGCAACUGAAUGCCGUUUACUUCUGGUAUUCCCUCAUCUACAUCAUCAUUCGAGCACUCACCAUGCUUUUCUUUGCGGCAUCAAUAAAUGAGGCCGCCAAAGAACCCUACCAAAUGUUAAAGUCCUUACCAUACACAUCGUGGACUUGUGAAAUCCAACGAUUCUCGGACCAACUAAUCAGUGAGGUAAUUGGAUUUUCUGGAAAGAGAUUUUUCUACAUAACACGCACACUAAUUCUAGCGCUAAUUGGUACGAUUGUCACUUAUGAACUCGUGCUCCUGGAUCAUGUUGUUGAGGCGCCAGAACUUAUUCAAAAAUCAUGCCACAUAACUUACAUUGAGACUAUUGAAUCUAAUAUUUCUACAACGUCAACAACCUAAGCAUUGUGCAAUAUCAUCAGAAGAAUAAUAAAGAUUCUAAAUCAAUUCUCAAAGUGUGGUAUAGAAGCAUUUUAAGCUCAAUGUCAUCUUUUGAUAUCAAAUGAACACAGCAUGAAAUGCAAGAAAUAAUCAUAAUUAUGAAAUUACAUAAAAUAUUGCAUUAGUGCUCGCGCGCGCAAUUACUCAAGACUCUCAUAGUGUUUGGUUGGAGCAUAUUUGAAGCAAAUUACAAAGAGAUCGCCAUUCUUUGCAUUUGAGUCGUAAAGAAGUGGAAAAUUAUUUUGCACAGCAUACGACACUGGUACAAAAAAAGUUGUAGAGAAAACAAGAAAUACAAAAAAAAAAACAAUUACAACAAAAUGUUCUUGCUGCUGGUUUUGAAUUUCAGAUAAAACAUAAUUUGCGGUCAGAUGGUGCAACUCGCUUUUUAUUUGAUUUGGCUGCACUGUCUCGAAUAUAAAGAGAGGGUGUUUCUUCUGCGAGAACUUUUUUGUUUGGAAACUUCUUCGACAUGAGCGCAUCAAUCGUUGUGCAAUUGAGCUAAUUAAAUUACAUACUCUCCUCGGUGUCUUUUAGUAUGGAAGUGGUGAUCAAUUAGGAGCAUAU